AUGGCUACAUUCAAGAGAGUUGCUCUUCUAGGAAAAGGUCUUUUGGGCUCUGCCGUCCUUGAGGAACUCGUCAACAGUGACUUUGACGUAACUGUCUUCAGCCGCAGCCCCCCAUCCGGAGAGACGCUUCCCUCGGGCGUCGCUGUCAAGCAGGUUGACUACACCUCCAAGGAAAGCCUUGUUGCGGCCCUGAAAUGUCAUGACGUUGCCAUCUCAACUCUUGGACCCCAGGCCACUCUCAGUCAGACCACCAUAAUUGACGCUUGUAUCUCUGCUGGAGUCAUACGUUAUGUACCCUCUGAUUUCGGCUCAUCGACGACCGACCCAGAAGCACGAGGGUUCCCUGUAUACGGGCCUCUAGUCCGUAUCCAGGACUGUCUGAAGGAGAAGGCCCAAUCGGGAGAGCUGGAGUAUACUAUAUUCUCAAUCGGCAUGUUUCUAGACUUUGUCAUCAAUACUCCGGCCAUUAUCGAUCCAGAUACGCACACGGCCCAGAUUUACGACAAGGGAGAUGUACCGUUCAGCACAACAAGUGUGGCGAGCAUCGGUAAAGCCGUAGCUGGUGCCUUGAAGAACCCCGUCGCAACAAGAAAUAAGAACCUUUUCAUUCACGAUGCUCUCAUAACCCAGGCCAAGGUUCUGGCACUUGCGAAGGAAGCCUCCCCGCCUGGGACGAAGUGGACCGAGACUUCCAUCGAUGCCAAAGCAGAGUUGGAGAGAGCCUUGAAGCAGUCAAUCGAGAAUCCCAUGGAUAUUGAGGCUCUGAUGCCCUUGCUCAAGGCUACCCUCCUCACCGGCGUGUAUAAUAGUGGAUACAAGGAGGUUGACAACGAGCUUGUGGGCCUGCCUCUGAUGACGGACGAGAAACUGAAAAAUUUAUUUUCCCUCAGGUAUCAUGGGAAAGCUUGA